UUGCUCUGGCUCUCUCUGCCUCUCUCCAAAGCUGUUGUUACUGUGCGGCUCCCGCACAUCAUUCCACCGCGAUGGAAAUUAAAUGAAGGUGGCUUAACGCAGCUAACAGAGGCAUGCUUUGAAGGAUGUAACCAGGGGACGCUGCGCUGCCAGAUCCUUUUCCAUGGGCUAUGGAUUUGUGUUGCUGAGGCGAGGACACAGCAAUCACUCAGCCAUGCAGAAGCGCAGACAACAGGACUAAUCUCUCCUCCUGACUUGUGGAAGCUCCACUUUUUUUUCCUAAAUUAUUUAGUCCCCAUUGCCAAAGAGUGUGUGGGAUAAUGGAGCCAGAGUGAAGUAGAUGGUGAAUCUGUAGCCUUGACUGCAGUCUGCAGCACACAUGGAUGUGUUCAGCUUUGUGAAGAUGCCAAAGCUGUCAGGCCACAGGACCAAAUCCUCAGGCUGGCCGCCCCCUUCAGGGACCUGGAGUGGCUCACAGGGACCCCCAAAUGGCUGGGACAUGGGCACCAACAGAGAGGGGCGUGACUGCUACAUCAACCACGUCUCCCAGAGCAACUCCCUGGAGGAAGUUCGCCUGGACGGAGACAAGUUUGUACCACCAGCGCCCCGGAAGGUGGAGAUGAGGCGAGACCCAGUGCUUGGCUUUGGAUUUGUAGCAGGCAGUGAGAAACCUGUGGUGGUCCGCUCAGUCACGCCAGGGGGUCCAUCAGAAGGCAAGCUGACCCCAGGGGACGAGAUCAUCAUGAUUAAUGAUGAGGCAGUCAGUUCGGCACCCAGGGAAAGGGUUAUCGACCUUGUCAGGAGCUGCAAGGAGUCUAUAUUGCUAACUGUUGUUCAGCCGUACCCCUCACCCAAAUCGGCAUUCAUCAGUGCAGCCAAAAAGGCCAAGUUAAAGACUAAUCCUGUUAAAGUCCGAUUCGCUGAAGAGGUCAUCAUCAAUGGACAGAUCCCAGAAACUGUGAAGGACAACUCCCUUCUUUUUAUGCCAAAUGUUUUGAAGGUGUACCUGGAAAACGGGCAAACUAAAUCAUUUAAAUUUGACAGCACCACAUCCAUUAAGGACGUCAUCUUGACCCUGCAAGAAAAGCUAUCUAUUAAGAGCAUUGAGCACUUCUCUCUGAUGCUUGAGCAGAGAGCUGAGGGAUCUGCCAGCAAACUCAUGCUCCUGCAUGAGCAGGAGAUGCUAACUCAGGUGACGCAGAGGCCAGGUUCGCACAAAAUGAAGUGCUUUUUUCGGAUUACUUUUGUCCCAAAGGAUCCUGUGGACCUGCUUAGGAGAGAUGCAGUAGCAUUUGAGUACCUCUAUGUUCAGAGUUGUAAUGAUGUAGUAUUGGAGAGAUUUGGGUCAGAGCUGAAAUACGACAUGGCUCUCCGUCUGGCUGCUCUGCAGAUGUAUAUACUAACCAUCAAUACCAAACAGUCCCAGAAAGUUUCCCUGAAGUAUAUUGAGAAGGAGUGGGGUCUGGCGUUGUUCCUGCCUCCCGCAGUGCUGUCUAGCAUGAAAGAGAAAAACAUCAAAAAGGCUCUCACUCACAUCCUCAAGACCAACCAAAACCUGGUGCCGCCUGGUAAAAAGCUGACUGCCUUGCAAGCAAAGGUCCAUUAUCUGAAGUAUCUCAGCGACUUGAGGCUUUAUGGAGGGCGUGUGUUUAAAUCGACACUAGUCCAAGGUGAAAAGCACACAGAAGUAACUUUGCUGGUGGGUCCGAAAUAUGGCAUCAGUCAUGUGAUUAACACCAAAACCAACUUGGUGGCUCUUCUGGCUGAUUUUAGUCACGUUAACCGCAUUGAAAUGUACACAGAAGAUGAAAACAGGGUUCGAGUGGAACUCCAUGUUCUGGAUGUAAAGCCCAUCACUCUCUUAAUGGAGUCUGUUGAUGCAAUGAAUCUGGCCUGUUUGACUGCUGGCUACUACAGAUUACUGGUGGACUCUCGGCGCUCCAUCUUCAACGUGGCUAAAAAUACAGAUAGUAAUGCCACAAGAGUAAAGCAGAACUACCAGGCCAUUGAGUGUACAUACAGCACACCACACAAAGGAGGUGAAGACAGAAACAACCAGAGGUGCAGCCAAGAAUAUUCUGACCAGGAGUGUGAAUACCUCGAUCACGGCAGAUGUGAAGGCCAACCAGUCUACAUAACUGAGAUCCACCAACCCCAGCACUCAAUUCACCAUGCAGAGAGAGUGGAGUGCUGCAGAGUCCCUUGCUCCCAAACAUAUAUGAAUAUCCCAAGGCCCAAACCCCAGGACACCUCCAGGAGUGCAAAGGUCUCCUUCAUAUUUGGAGACCCUCCCUUGGACAGUAUAAACCCCCAAAAUCUGGGCUACCAGAGACUGAUGGAUGAAGGCCCAGAGAUUUUAGACAAUCACAGCCCCAUGUACAGGCGUCUCGAGGAGGACUACAAGAUGAUGGAUGCCAUAGAGGAUGGGUAUCAGUACUCUAGCAAAAUCUUUGGUCCUACUGAGUGCAUCGAGGAGCCACUGCUGCAUGAUAUCUGCUACGCAGAGACAACAGAUGAUGCAGAGGAUGAGGAUGACAUCAGCUGUGAGGAAGACAUGGUGAUGAGUGACAUUGACAAGCCUACAUUGCUCUCGCUCUCAGGGUCCAGCGAUGACAUCAUUGACUUGACCUCCCUCCCUCCCCCACCAGAGGGUAAUGAUGAGGAGGACAAUGACGUACUGCUGCACUCUCUUAACAUGGCCAUUGCUGCUCCUCCUCCUGGUUUCAGGGACAGUUCUGAUGAGGAGGAGCAGCAGGGGGCUGGGAUCCGGGCCCAGGGGGCCUGCAAUGAUAUUCCAGUGUCCCUCAUUGAUUCAGUGCCCACCCACGGAGCAGUGGGCCCCGGGAAGCCACUGGACGAUGCAGUAGUAUCCACCUUACAGGCACUCGAGGCCCUCGCUGCAUCUGAGGAACAGAGUCCAGCACAGUCAGAGAGUAGCACAGGUGUAGAAAUAUCAAGAGCAUUUAGUCCUGAUUCUUCAGAUUCUGGCAAUGAGACCAACUCCUCAGAGAUGACAGAGAGCUCUGAGCUGGCCACUGCUCAAAGACACUCGGAGAACCACCUGAGAAUGCAUGUAGCCAUAGCAGAAGGAUACCAUGCCAUGAAUGAGGAAAAGACAGAGGUGAGUGGGCCCAGUGAUGGUGGAGCAGGAGCUAUGCAGUACAAACCCCAGGAGCAACAGGAGGAGGAGGCAAAAUCCUCCUGUGUCGCCUCCUCACAGAUAUUUCACUCGAAUGGAGGUGAAAUGGAGCCAGAGACAAUGGAAAUAAAAUCAGUGAGUGAAUACUUCACUAAGAUGCACAUGGGCUCAGUAAUGAGCAGGCAGAGAGGAAAACAGAGAGAGACUGAGAGCAGAAUCCAGGGAAAUUCCUGUGAUUCUGACAAAUCAAACGCAGCAUCUCAAGACUCAGCUAAGGAGGAGCUCCCUCAUCUUGUUGGGAAAUAUAACGCUUUCACUGUGAGAGAUUCCUAUUACAUGAAUCAACUUGAUCUGGGGCGAACUCAUUUUAAAGAUAGGCAUCAAAAAUGGCAGCAGAGAGUGCCUGGAAACAAAAUGGCUGAGAAUCUCGCUCCAGAAUGUGUGAGUGACUCACAGGCUUCCCACGCAGACAGGUUGACAGCAAAGGGAGAGAAGCAGGACUUAGAUGAAAGAAGCCAACAGUUAAAUGCCCAUCUCAUCUCCCCAUCCAAAGGGCCCAUCCCUGCAGAGGGUGAUGCUAUUUCACAGGAUAAUGAGCAGCAGCAAAUGAAGCUUCCACAGUCAGAGCCAGACGUCUCACGGUUAUAUGAUUACCACGUGAGCAAGCGCAUGUCAUCAAUUCAAAGUGAUGGCAUUCAUUCUCUCCAAAGCUCACAGUGUUCCUCAAUAGAUGCAGGCUGUAGCACAGGCAGCAGCAGCUGUGUCACCCCCAUGGAUUCUCCCCUUUGUGCCACAGACAAUAUGCAUGUACUGUCCGAAUCUUCGCUCAAGGGGCUGAGUUAUGUCACUGCUGAGGAGAAAGCUUACGGGGUCCCUGGGCAAGGGAAGGCCAGCCAUCCCGUGGACCCCACCCUGUUAAGGAAGAUCCACGCAGCUACCAGUGCCGAGCCUGGGUUUGGGAUUACACGGGACAGCAGUCACAGAAUGCCCAAAAUAAAGGAAACUACAGCUUGCACACAGCUGAAGAAGGCUGGGAAAGAGUCAUCUUUAGCUCUCUGUAAUGAGACCAGUACCACCAACACAAUCAUGUCACCUUCAUCAUUACAAAGUAGCACAGAGCCCAGAGGGCUAACCCAGGCCAGCCCUGAGCCUGACCCACACACCCUAGCUUUUCCCUCAAGCGGAUCUUCAUACAACCCAACAACAGGCAGCCUCAGGAAGCCACGCAGGGUUCGGAUGCUCAGGAGGAGCUGGAGCACCUUAAUGCCAGGUUCCAGGAGCUUAGAAGCACUGUUUGAAAAGACCAAAGCCAUACUUACAGGGAAGAAUGAUAGUCAGAAUUUGCAGUCUCAAGAUCCCCCAAAAGAGCAGAUGACAUUUUCUGCCAAAACCUUACCCAAGAGCUUGUCCCAGGGUUCAGUUGCCGCUAAUUCAUCUGGUGAACAGCUGAUAAGAGGAGCCUCUCUGUUGCUACCCGAGCAAACAGCACCGAGGCUGGAUACAGUUACAUGGAAGUGCCGUGGGCCGUUCAGUCACUGCUUCCUCAAGAGAAAGUCGAACACUCACUCUGGUGAUGAAGAUCUAGAUAUGUCCUCACAUGCUCUGCUCUUUGACAGCUCAGUUUCUUUCAGUGGCAAGGGAAACAGUACCUUGAAAGCAAACUAUAAAGCUCAACAGAGCAAAAUGGCUGCAUAUAUGAAGAACAUGAGCCUCAAAGAUAGGCUAGCUCAUAUAAAUUCAAUGAAGGGAAAAACCUAUAGCCUUCACACAGGGUUCGCACUUGCACGGAAGGAUGCCUUAGAGAUGAUCAGCGUGUUGCGUUCGAGUGUAGGCCACCCUUCCAGAGGUGAUAUGCCUGGGGCCAGUGAGGCUGACAUGGAAACGUUCUCCGAGCUCCUCUUCAUGCAGGCCAAAGUGCUGAGCAGCGCCUGCAGUCAGAUGGCCAUGGAGUACAGCAGCCCGGAGGAGUUGCUGCUCACACUGACGCACAGCUUCCACACACUUUGUUGCUUAACGCAAGCCUGCAUAUCACUAGUAGAAGGCCUGAGCACUGAAAGCGAACGACGCGAGGUGGUAGCCAAGGUGGAUGAGGUCGUCAUGAACUACGUCUGCAUUCUGAAAGCUGCUGAGGCAGCUUCAGGAGGCUCCCCCGGUGACCAAAGUGUGAAUGCAUUGUCACAUUAUUCUGCCACCAUGUCUGCUAUUAUAAACACACUAACUCACUCACUGAAAACACUACUAAACAAAAAAACUGUUAUUUUGUCUUGAUUAUUGAUUUCAAAGCCAUACAUAAGAGACAUGGGUUUAACGACCAAUGUGAACUGCUGUGAAAAAUAAACUUGCCUUGUGUAUACAAUAUUUUAUUAUGUAAAGAAAAUAUAUGAUUAUAUGAAUAAUUAAAGUUUUAAAUAGAUUAUAUUAAGGCCUAUAUUAAAAAAGCAUAUGACCCUCCUCUCAAAUAUAUUAUCUAAUAUUACUUCAUAGGGAUUAUUUUCAUGAUGUAUUGGUUUUAAGAGCUUAACAUAUAGAUGACACAAACCUAUUAGUAUCUUGUUUAUAACUUGUAAAAAUACACUGUUGAAGAAAUGCAUACACUAUAUAAAGCUCUAGACGAGUCGUUGCACAGGUCGAGAGGCGAUAAAAUUGAAGUAACAUAACUUUUUCAUUUGCUUGAGUCACUUAAUUUAAUGAAUACUUUACACAUGAACACUGAGUACUUUCCUGUUAUUUUUGUCAAUGUCAUUAAAGAAAUUAAAACUUUUUAAAAAGUA